AAUUCGAUGAAUCUAAAGUCGAAUCUUUUGAGACCUAGUAAAAUUUUGUAAACAAAUCAGCUAGUUGGCGGAUUGUUGAUUCUAAGUGCUUAAUUGCUUUAGGCGGCUGAUAAACCAGUUCGACAAUUAAUGCAUGAUUUAAGUGUCUAAUGGUUUAAGGAGGUCGCAGUAGAUAAAUUUUGACCGCCUAAUCGGGUAGGCGGUCGGAAUUUAAAUUCCAGAUUAUAGUUGUGUGAAGAAAGAGAAAUGGUGGGUAGAAAGAAGAAAACCAAAAUAUGUGACAACGUCUCAACGUUGGAAGAUAGGAUAAGCCAGUUACCUGAACAUUUGAUUUAUGAAAUACUUUUUCAUCUCUCUACCAAGGACGCUGUAAGAACAAGUGUUUUGUCCACCAAAUGGAGAUAUCUUUGGCAACGGGUUCCUGGAUUGGACUUAAACCCCUAUGCAUUCUCAAAUUUUUAUAAAUUUGUGAGUUUUGUUGAUAGGUUUAUUUAUUCAGACAAUGAGUCAUCGAUACGCAAACUCCAUUUUUCUAUUGGUCAUCAUCAUGGUAUGUGUGAUAUCUCAUCAUGGAUUGAUGCUGUGGCUAGGCGUAGGAUUCAGCAUAUCGAUCUUAGUUUCGAUCUCACUUAUCAACCUGAUAAGAUACCACCCUUGAGGUUAUAUACCUGUGAGACACUGGUGCACUUACGACUCUAUGGAGCCACCUUAGUUAAUGCCGAGUUUGUUCCCAUACCUUGUCUAAAGAUCCUCCUUUUAGAUCAAGUUAGAUAUCCCAAUGAGUCCACUUUGGAGAAUCUUAUCUCAGGCUCACCAGUUCUAGAGGAUUUGACCAUCAAAAGAUAUCCAGCAUAUAAUGCAAAGGUUUUACAAGUGCGCUCUAAAACGUUAAAGAGAAUCCACAUUGAUCAAUUUGGAGUUGUGAUUAAUGCUCCUUUACUUGAGUGCUUAAGGACUAUGAUUUGCAGAACAAAGAACUUUGAGAUCAUCAAUUUGGGAUCCUCUACCAAACUAGAUAUUGAUGUUGUCUACCUAAGCCAUAGGACAUACAAUAGUAGCAUGAUUCAUGACCUCAUCACCGAUAUAUCCAGAGUGAGGGAGCUAGUAAUUAGUAAUGGUAUUUGGAAGGAUAUCUUUCUAUACUCGAAAUCGGGACCGGUGCAACAGUUUCGAAACCUAUCCAGCUUGAAUGCUAGAUUUACUAAAACUGAUCUUGAAUUAUUGCCACUCAUUCUUGAGAGCUGCCCAAAACUAGGAUCUCUCACAUUGGAAUUGGUCAAGGAACUAUACAUGCGUCGUGAGAAGAAGAAAGAUCCAAAGGUGGUGUUUUCAGCAGUGCCUCAGUGUUUGGUAUCAUCGCUAAAGUUUGUGGAACUGAAACGUUCGAUCUCGGGGUAUGAAGGAGAAAGAGAGCUAAUAAGAUACUUGCUGAAGAAUUCAACAAUGCUGAAGAAACUAAGGCUUGAUCUUCACUAUUCCAAAAGGGCAAAGGGUGACUUCCUUCAAGAACUCGUUGAGAUGCCAAGAUACUCUACCGGUUGUGAAGUCCUUGUUCUUUAAUUACUAAAAGAUAUUGCUGAAUAUUUUUAGUCGAAUGUUAACCUUUUUUGGUUGUUAAAGUUUUUUUUUUUUGUUGAAGGAUAUUUGACUUUUGGAGCCAUGGAAUUGUUUGAGACUUUUUUAGACAUGUCAAUUUAACCCAGAUUUAGCGGGCCAUGUUCACUAAGAGUUUGAAAAACCCUAGCCUAACUUCUUAGUCUCUAUGUGGUUUAUAAAGGUUGCCAAACUACCCCCUUUGGUUGGCUC